AUGGAUCCAAAUACCCCACGCAGUCCAAAAAGAGCCAGCGCAGGCCCGUACAAGUUAAGAAAAAGGAUCAAGACAAUCCAGUAUGCAGAUAACCCUCCAAGGCAGGGAUCCAAGAAGAAGCGCGCACCUGGCGGAAGACAACAAAGGCAACGAAGAAUCUGGGAACAUGAAGACUUUAGCAAUGGCGUUGAUUUCUGGAGUGUUGCGUUUCCAAAGUUUCAAGACGCUGUCAAACGAACAUUCACCGAUGAUGAAGCCGAGAAGCAGCUGAAGCACCUAUCAAGCCAGCAUGGCCAGCUGGAAGGCGUCGAAGACUAUGCCAACUUGCUUGAAUUUGGCCUGGAGUCAUUGAACCUACCAGAAGAGACCUCCAGAAGUGUUGAUCAGUUCUUCAACCGUAUACCCGACAUUAACGCUGGCCGGUCUGCAGUUACGACUAGUGAAGGCAGCUCACACGUGAAAUGGUGCCUUAAGAGGCUCUUAAUAUUGCCAAACGAGGAAAAAGACAAAACUGCGGGCCAAGUUGAUGAAGACUCCUCCGUUGAACCCAGUCAACCCACUGAAGUGCAACAACCAUCUCAAACUUCAUCGCGCCUCAACUCGGCAGACCAAAUUGCGGACAGCCCAUCCCUCAAGAGGGCUGGAACGUUCGUCGAGCGAGGUUCCGCCGUUUCCCCAUCGCCCAAUAGAAGAGAGAUAUGGGAAAUUGAAACCCGGCUACUUGCGUCAGAGAUCGAAAAAGAGCGGCUCAAGAGAGAGCUAGAUACUGUGGUCAAGUACAAACCCGACGCUCGCGUGAAACAUACCCUCCAGCAAUACCUGGACUAUACAGACAGAAGGGUCAACCGCAAUAGAGCUUUCAACGUCAAUAGUCCAGAAGCACCGGAAGACCAAGCCAUGCACAGCGAUCUCGUGGAGUCUUGGGGGCUCAAUGCCUUUGGACAAGAACUCAAAGAUUGCAUUCCUCGACUUAAAGACUCCAGGCUUUUCAAAAUCGAGUUGCUCCUAGGACUAGUAGCUUCAGCAGUCAUCGAAAUGGUAUUCGAGCCAGCCUUCCCAGCAUUCAUUCAUCCACCAAAUCCAAUUGCAGAAGCCUACCGGCAAAUUAUUCUUGAUGUCGCUGGACUCAAUGAGCUUCAUCGAGCAGAUAGCACUGUCCUCCCACAAGUGACCGACAAUAGCAGGUCUGAAAUUAUCCAGAGAAAGGUCAAGGAACUAGAACGCAUCCUUUAUAAACACUUGGAAUUCUUCUGGGCAUCUCCGAGCAGCGAGAACAAUAACCUCGAACAAGUGCCCAGAAAAAAAGCCAACUUCAGUUUCUUUCUCGCGUCGGCGCUGGAGCUCAAGCUGGAUCUCAUAUCGACCACCACACGACUCAAGUUCUUCUACUAUGAGUCAAAUGAACCCUUUGACGGUGAGCAUAUGGAGCGUUGCCCAUUUUCAGACCGUGAGAAAAACACCAUUAAAGGCUGCUUGUUCCCUCUUCUCUUGUUCCCCCCGGCUCGAGAGGAAACGGCAACUUCAAGUGACUACGUCCUUGAGCACAAUACCAAAUACAGCAUGUACUUCACAAGGUUAUCUGAAGGGAAUCAUCUUGAUCUGGAAGUGGCGGCAAAGGCAAUCGUGCUGACGUAG